AUGCACCAGAGCGACGACGACGACGAACUGCGCAAGUUCCUACCCUCCGGGUUCGGCAAGCAGACCGCGGCACCCCACGACUUUGAGUCGCGGUACGAAAAGUGCUUGCGCGCAGACUAUAAAGCGCGGCAGGAGAAGAAGAAGCAGGAGGAUGCGGAGGAUAGUGAUGACGAUGAUGAUGAUAGUGAUGAUGAUGAGUUGGAGGAGUUGCCUAUAUCUCAUGAACUGCUGUUGAAGGAGCAUACAAAGACAAUAUCAGCUCUCGACAUCGACCCCGCAGGUGUCCGUCUCGCGAGCGGAGGCUACGACUUUGACCUCGAUCUCUGGGACUUCAACGGCAUGAACCCAGCCUUUCAGAAACCGUUCCGCACGCUCGAGCCCGUGGAGUCGCAUCUGAUUCGGGACCUGCAGUUCUCGCGCACCGGGGAUUAUCUGCUCGUCGUCCCGAGCGCGAGUCAGGCGAAGGUCUAUACGAGGGAUGGUGUGGAGGUAUCCGAGUUUGUGCGUGGUGAUAUGUAUAUUCGUGAUAUGAACAACACCUCUGGACACAUCGCCGAACUGACCUGCGGCCGAUGGCAUCCCACCGACACGACCACCUUCGCGACCUCCUCACUCGACUCGACCGUGCGCAUCUGGGACAUGAACGUCAAGCGCUCGCAGACGCACGUCAUAAUCCUCAAGCCCAAAUCCGUCAAGCACGCGAAACCGCACAUCUCUGCAAUCUCCUGGAAAGCUGAUGACGGGAAAUACAUCGCGGCCGCGGCGAACGACGGGAGUAUCAGCUACUGGAGCGCGAACGGGCCGUAUAGCCGGCCCGUGGCGUCGAUCGCGGAGGCGCAUGAACCAGGGUCGUGGACGUCGGGGCUCGAGUACGCGAGUGAUGGGACGACGAUCGUGAGUCGGGGCGGGGACGGCACGGUUAAGUUGUGGGAUACGCGGAGUUUCAAGAAGCCGGUGCUGAGCCGGGGUGGGCUUGCGAAUCUUGUGCCGGAGACGGGAGUUGGGUUUAGUCCUGACGAGCGGUACAUUAUCACGGGGACGUCGACGACGCCGGAGAGUCCGGUGGGUAAACUUCAUAUCCUCGACCGGUCUGAUCUGAGCACUGUGACUGCGCUCGGGUUCUCAGACGAGCCGUCGUCGGUCGUGAAGGCGGUGUGGCACCCGCGACUAAACCAGAUCGUAGUCGGCACGUCGACAGGCGCGAUGCACGUCCUGUUUUCACGGGAAAAGUCUACGAAGGGCGCGAAGCUCGUGCUCGAGAAGGCGCCGAAGGUGCGGCACGUCGACGACGACGUGACUGCGGACAUCGAUCUGGUCGCGGCGUCGACUUCUAUGUCUGGAGGAGGAGGAGGGCAGCAGAGAAAGAAGAAGAGCAAUGCGGAGGCGAUGAAGCCGGAGAUUCCGCUGGGGAGGAAGAUGCAUGGCGAGAUGGGGGUUAUUGGGGAGUUUGAGGAUGAGGAGGAGAAGAUGAACAAAAGGCGGCGGUAUCUGUAG